AUGGAUGUCCACCUUUUGUUAAAGCAAGAUCCAUCUUCUGGGGAUUCCCCCAUCUUUCAAAGGUCGGAAGAUGAGAAUCAGAUUAUAUUUCAAAAAUUUAACACCAAGUUUGACUUCAAGUCUAUUUCUUAUCCCGAGGAGAAUGUUUUCGAGAAGACGACCCUACCGUUAAUAACGGACAAAUUUUUCAAAAAUGAAGACUCUCUAAUAAUUACCUUAGGUCCCACUAAUUCUGGUAAAAGUCACCUUCUGUUCAAAAGCGAAAAUUCUAUAGUAGAUCAAACUUUAAGAGCCAUAUUCUCUCAAAUUGAGCCUUUAUCGAGUAAUAUCGAUCUAUUGAAAAAAUUCUAUCCUAACAUUUCUGACAAGACGUUACUGGAUCCUUCCCAUGAAUCAUCCAUUAGUUCUUUUCUGUAUCUGAGUGUUUCUGUUUUUGAAUUAUACAAUGACACAUUUAUGGACCUUUUAGACACGGGAAUGAAACAAGAUAGAACAAACAUCAGUAUCAUUACUGAUCCAAUCGAUAAGAAGUUAACGCCUAGGAAUAUUUCAAAGCAUUUAGUCAAUAGUUAUGAGUCAGCUCAUGACUUAAUAUUUGAAGGUUUGAGUAACAGAAAAACUUGCCCAACCUUCUCGAAUACUGAAUCUUCUAGAUCACACUGUUUCAUCUAUUUUAACCUUCAUAAAGUUUACGGUAAAAUGAUUGAAACAACUAGGUUUACUAUAGUAGACCUUGCAGGCUUGGAGAGAUCAAAAUCAGCUGGAACUUCAGGUGUAGCUCUGAAAGAAGCAGGCUAUACUAACGGUUCGCUAACGGAAUUAGGACGUUGCCUAGAAUUGAUAUCAAUGAAACUAUUUCAUAGGACCUGUCUAAGAACCAAUAAAUUAACAAGGUUAGUCCUUAACGAUUAUGUUAAAAAUAACCAUCCAGUAAGGAUUUUAUUGACUUUAGAUCCUUUUGGUGAGGAAGGUCUAGUUUUACAAUCACUUAGAUACAUCAACCCCAUCAAGUGUCAAGAUCUGCAGAGAAGAACCACAUCUUCGCAAAAAGCCAGAUUAAGAACCAUUUCGACAAAUGAGCAGCUUGGCCUAACUGGUGAAAUAGAUAAACUAAGAAAAAAUCAAAAGCUGUUAAAAAGCAAAAUCCACUCACUUGAAACCUCAGUCAUAGAGAAUGAGAACAGAAUCAGAAGCGAAAUGUAUACUGAAAAUGAGAAAGCUCUCUCGGAACUUGUUAUUAAACAUAAGGAAGAGAUCAGUUCAUUAGCCGAAAACCUUAAAAAGCAGACUGACGAAAAAUUGCUAGAUCAAGCGUCUUGCUACACUUCUACCAUCGAUUCCCUUAACAACAAUCUUGAAUUUAAGAUUCAGGAAUUAAGUAGCCUCAAGGAACAGUUUGAAGAGACUAAGCUGAAAUUGGAAGAAUCACAAUGUCAAAUGGAAACAUUGACAUUGGAGAAUUGUGAGAACGAAAAGAAUUUCAAUUCAACACUAAACCAGCACCAGACACAACUUGAAGAGCUGAAUGUGGUGAAUGAGAAAUUACAGUCUAAGAUUGAUUUGCUUCUUUCUGAAGCCAUCGAAAAGGAAAAAUUACAUGUGAAGGAUACAGAGUUGCGAGUGGAACAACAAAAUCAAAUUGUAGAAGAACUAAAUCAAAAAAUCGAAGAAUACGUCUCAACUGUCAAAAAGCAGGAGUCUAAUCUUGGCAUUCUUCAGAAUAAAACUCUUGAGAAAGAAUCAAGAAUUAAUCAGCUUGAUGAAGAGGCAAGGGAACUAAAAGACCAAAUUCAGACCCUUAUGAAUGAAGCAUCAGAAAAGGAAAAAUUCAUACAGUCGAUGGAGAAGGAAUUGGAGAAUUUGAAGCAAGAAAAAACUGAAGUAACAAUCGAAGCCGAACGUAAGGUCAACGCGCUUAAGAGCAAAUAUGAUGAAAUACUGUCAUCAGCUAGGAGUGAUUAUGAGAAUCUGAAAAGAGAGUUGGAUGACAAAACACAGGAACUAGUGGCAGUUAAUUCAAAUUUUUCAUCCGAAAAAGAAAACUUUAAAAAUAUACUGGAGGAUAAAGACAAAGAAAUUAAGUCACUCAAAAUAAAUCUUAGCCAACUUGAGGCAGAGGUGAGAUCAAAAACAGAAGAUUUCUCAAAGAAAUUGUCGGAAAAAGAUCUCGAGGUUGUUUCAUGGAAAAACAUAAAAACUAAAAACGACACAAUCGUUCAGCAAAUGGUUGAUAGGACCAAGAGAUUAGAAAAUCAAGUCAACGAAAGCACUAGCUAUAUUAAGCAACUUGAGGAGAGUAAUUCGGAAUAUAAAAAAAGUGUAACCGCUACGAAAAAGCAACUGGAUGAACUCAUUAUGUCUACUGAUUCUCUUCAAGAAGAAUUGGCAGAAAAAUCUAACGAGUUGAAGUUAACCUUAGCACUAAAGAAGACUGUCGAUAAUGAACUGAGCCGAUUACAACUAUUAUGUUCUGAUCUUCAAAGUGAUUUGGAAUCUACAAGUAAAUAUCAUGAUAAGUAUAAGAGUCUGAAAAGGGAUUAUUCGUCAAUUAAGACUGAAGCCAUUAAAUUAGAAACUGAAAAUAAAAGGGUCAAGGACGAGCUUGCAAGCAAAGAAUACGAGUUGUCCGAUAAUAUUAGCAAAGUCAAACAGCUAACCAAAACAGUUGAAAACCUUGAGAAAAAUAGAGAUGUUUCUUUGAAGCAACCUAAGACGGAUUUAGAUGUUGCAUUGUCUCUCUCAAAGGAAGAGUCAAUAAACAAAACUCCUCGUAAGUCUUUGAAUAUUUUAGAUACGGAUCCGUUAGAUGAUGUUGGGCUCCCAUCAAUUAUGUCAUCUCCUAUAAGGGCCUCAUCGUUUAAGAUCUAUAAUGAUUCCAUUACUGAUAAGGAUAACACAGUAACUAUUGGCAAUGUCACCUCCAAAAAGAAAUCAAAAGCAAAAAAACUUAGUAAGAAAGACAAACUAUUAGAGCAUAAGGCAGAACAUGAGAAGUCUAUGGAAGACUCCGUGAUAGAUUCCAGCUUGAGCCCUACUAAGCUACGGCCUUUGAAACUGACUAAUAAUUCCAAACUAAACAAGAAGACUUUGGAGAGUCCUGGAAAUGAUAAAACCAAGAAACGAAAAUCGACAACUUCGCCUAUAAAACCCGGAAAAAGGAAGGUCAGAAAGAGCCUAAGUGUUGAUGAUUCCCUUGAAAAGGCUGUUGUCUGA